UCGGUCCGCCCUCGGUGACGUCACCGCGCCGCGGUAAAGGGCCUGCGUCGCGCUAUUCUCGCUCUUUUUCCUCCGCUUCACCAGCAGCGACAGGCCUUUACUGUGUGAGAACCAACACCGAGGCAGCAAACAUGAUCAUCUACAAGUGUCUACUGACCGGUGAUGAGAUGUUCUCUGACAUCUACAAAAUAGAAACGACAGAAGACGAUCUCUUUUUUGAAGUUCAAGGCCAACAUAUUAGCAGAAAGGUUGGUAGCGUCGACGACUCCCUAAUCGGCGGUAAUGCGUCUGCUGAAGAGGUAACUGAGGGAACAGAUGAAACCACGGAAUCAGGCGUGGACAUCGUCCUUAACCACCACCUCCAGCAAACUCCUGCUUUCAAAACUAAGGAGGAGUUUCUGAAAUACCUCAAGGCAUACAUGAAAGGUCUGAAAUCAAAGAUCGAGGAGACCUGUCCUGAGAAACUGACUAAAUUCCAAGAGGACGCUCAGAAGGCAUCAAAGAAGAUGUUGUCUAUGGUGCUUAAAAACAAGGAACUUGAGUUUUUCACGGGAGAGUCGAUGAACCCUGAAGGCACAAUUGGCUUCCUGGACUAUCGUUCAGAUGGCAUAACUCCAUUUAUGAUCUUCUUCAAAGGUGGAUUGGAGAUUGAGAAAUGUUAACCACCCAACCAUCUGCUUUUUGAUUGACUGCCGCUGCCCAAACUCUACCAAAUGCCGAGACCAGGAGCACUAUUUUGCAUCAUGCUGUACAGAAAACUUUAAUCAUUUCGUUUUGCGCCCCCUAGCCACCAGUAAAGGACUGAGGAAUGGGAACUGACCGGUCAUGGAUUUUAGUUUUUAACUUCACUCUUUGGCCCAUGCAGUGACUGGAAACCCCAAUAUUGUAACGUCUUGGCUGUUUUUAACAUUGAUUCCUAUGAGUCAGGCUGUACAGACCUGGGUUUAAAUAAAGUCAUACAGACUCUGAAUAAAAUCUAUUGCCACCAAA